AAUUUAUUUCUGUGUAUGGUGGAAGACAGUGGUCCUGUUUCAUUCUUUUGCAUGUAGCUGUCCAGUUUUCCCGGCACCAUUUAUUGAGGAGAUGGUCUUUCCCCCGCUGCCUAUUCCUGCCUCCUUUGUUGUAGAUUAAUUGACCAUAGAUGUGUGGGUUUAUUUCUGGGCUCUCUGUUCUGUUCCAUUGAUCUAUGUGUCUUUUUUUUUUUUUUUUUAAACACACACUUAACCUGGUCUUGCUAUGUGUCAGGCACUGUUCUAAGGGCUUUGCAAGGAUUAACUCAUUCAAUCUUCGCAGAAUCCUUGUCAGGUGCUCCUACUUUCUCUAUUUUACAGUUAUGGGGAGAAACCAAGGCACAGAGAGGUCAGGAAGUCCAGCCAGGCUGGUACAGCUGGCGAGUGGCAGAGCUGGGAUUCGAACCCAGGCGGCUUGGCUUUUGAACCAGUGGUCUCGGCAUUGUGUUCUGCUCCCCCAAUCACAGCUUGCAGUGUGCUUUGUCCAUGCUCUCCCUCCCCCUUUGGCAGCGGAGCUCCCUGUCCUCUCAUCCACUUUGCUCAGCAAGGUCAAGUGAAUGAACAAAGGCUGAGAGAGGGGAAGUGCCCAUAAGCUAACUACCUUAGACACUAAUUAUGAUACUUUUGACAGAUUGUGGAUCUUCACACCAUGGGUAGGAACCACUCCCGUCAGUCCCAACGUCGUCUUUGUGAGGGCGGAACGGCCAGCUGUGCCAACACACCUGGGGCAAUUGGCCAGUGAGGGGCCUCUUGCCAGUGCCUGGCUCCUGCUUGGCUGCUCCCGGCUCCUCUGUCUUGCCCUUACCCUUGCUCACUCCCUUGCCGUCUCUCUGAACCUCCUUAUCUCUGUCUGCCUGUCUCAUCCGCUUCUCUUUGUUCCUGUCUGUGCCUCCAGACCCUCCCCCAGACUACUGGGGUUUGAGGACACGAAAUAGAAAUUUUAUUUCAUGAACACUAUUGGGCAGUGUAAAACCAACAUCAGCACGGCUGGCAUAAGAUGUAGGCAGAUGGUUACUUCGGGAUCCUAAAAAGCAGUUUAAGUUGAGUUAUCUGUUAUGUCGUGGGUUCGGAAGCUGCUGGAAUCCCGGGUCCUGUCUGAUCCCUGCAGCGGUGGUGCUAAGGGGUGGCUUGGGGGGUUAGAUGCCCCUAAGUUUCCAUUAGUUCCAAACAAAUAUGCAAUAAUGCCAAAAAUGGUGUGUUUGCUACGAAAACGUAACUACCCAGUGAAUGCCUACACCCCAUUUCUACCCACUGCCCAUAAGCCGCCCACCCUGUGCAUACUCAGGAGCCUCCAAGCCUCAGACAGGGAUCCGUCUGCUCUCUGUGUUGCUCAUUAUCUUCCAUCAAGCCUUUAUAACAAGUGGGGCUGGAAGGCUUGGUUCCUUCCUUCCUUCCUUCCUUCCUUCCUUCCUUCUUGGUCCCUUGCACAUGUUAACAUGGUUACUGAAGAUACAUUCAAUGACAAUACAAAGUGGCAGAGGGGAUCCAGAAGGCAGACUCCCUGUCACAAAGAAUUUCAGAGGUGAGCUGAAGAAACAACCUGUAUGGAUGAAAAGUUAAAUGGCAGGGCAGGGGCUAACCAACACCACAUGGGCAAUAACACCAGAGGUGUUGUGAUAUGCCAGACGCGCCCAGGACAAAUAUCAAGAGCUGAGUUCACAGGCAGGAGGGGUUACCCUGGCAGGAGGGCUGAAGUCAGGCUGUGUGGAAGGGUGGGUUUGUCCCAGGACGGGAGGUGAGUAGGCCAUGGACAGUAGCGGGGAGGGCACUACAGGCUUGGGGUUUGGCCAGCAGAACCAGACGCACAGCCUGGGACUCUGACAAAUGGCCUGGGUGGCGUGUCUGACUCAUGCAUCCGGGGCAGGUGGCGAGUGUGAUGCUGAAUAUCAGGGCUGCCCACGAACCUAAAAAGAAAUGCCUGGAAAUCCAACGGUGGCACACAACAUACGAACCCAUGCGAACGAAAAACACACACGGAGCCGUUCUAAAACACAUUCAAAACCAAGGUUCUAAGAACAGCUUUCCAGCCCAGCCUGAAUCCUGCCCAUCCAGUAAACGGCAUAGCACCAGGCACACGGAAAAAUGGAGUCAUGUGCGUCUCGCUGUAAUGAGAAAUUUAACCGGGAUGCUGCUUGCCAGUGUGACCGCCGGUGUCCCCGGCACGGGGACUGCUGUGAAGACUAUGACCAGCUGUGUACCGUGGAAGAGGACCCCAACGAGCCAGAGCCAUUCCUGGAGCUGGAGGAAGAGACAGAGGCCCCAGCGAGCCACUUGUACUCGGCGCCCAGCUCCUGCCGGGACCGCUGCCAGGAGGCCUUCGACAGGCACCAACCAUGCCACUGUGAUGCCCGCUGCCCAGAGUUUGGGAACUGCUGCAAGGAUUUCGAGAGCCUGUGUGGCCACGAGGGCUUCUCCUACAGCAGUGACGCCAUAACCAAUGAGGAACUGCAGAGCAUCUCUGAGAAGAUCUACAGGGCAGACACCAACAAAGCCCAGAAGGAAGAUGUCAUUAUUAACAGCCAAAACCGCAUCUCGCCCUCGGAGACCAGAGACCAAGUGGACUGCUGCCCAGAGCCGCUCUUCACAUAUGUCAACGAGAGGCUGUUUUCCAAGCCAACCUACGCCGCCUUCAUCAACCUCCUCAACAACUACCAGCGGGCCACGGGCCGUGGGGAGCACUUCAGUGCCCAGCAGCUGGCCGAGCAGGAUGCCUUCCUCAGAGAGGUCAUGAAGACGGCAGUAAUGAAGGAACUCUAUGCCUUCCUCCAUCACCAGAACCGCUACAGCUCGGAACAAGAGUUUGUCAGUGACUUGAAGAACAUGUGGUUUGGGCUCUAUUCAAGAGGCAACGGAGAGGAAGACUCAAGUGGCUUUGAACAUGUCUUCUCAGGUGAAGUCAAAAAAGGCAAAGUCACUGGCUUCCAUAACUGGAUCCGCUUCUACAUGCAAGAGAAGGAGGGCCUGGUUGACUAUUACAGUCACAUCUAUGACGGCCCUUGGGAUUCUUACCCCGACGUGUUAGCCAUGCAGUUCAACUGGGACGGCUACUACAAGGAAGUGGGCUCAGCCUUCAUCGGCAGCAGCCCUGAGUUUGAGUUUGCGCUCUACUCCCUGUGCUUCAUUGCCAGGCCCGGCAAAGUGUGCCAGUUAAGCCUGGGUGGAUACCCCUUGGCCAUCCAGACCUAUACGUGGGACAAGUCCACCUAUGGAAAUGGCAAGAAAUACAUCGCCACAGCCUAUGUGGUAUCUUCCACCCAAUAGAGCUUGGAGGCAGACAGGGGCAUGAGGACAGUGGGAGCUCUUGCAAGACUCAGGUGCUAUCUGCUCUGGGCUGGAGGAGGAUGGGGAAGACUGGAGGGGGGAUUCCCAAGUCUAAAAAUGCCCUUAUGGGAAAGAGGGAAAAGAAACAAGUAAGAAAAAUGCAGAGAAACUGUCAAAUCUUUGUGCUGUAGCAUUUUGGAAAUAGAGUCCAGACAGAGAAGAUGGGAGCCCUCCACAGCCCUUUGCCCUGAUGGAUACAAGUCCUUGACGUCUCUAGGCCUCAUGUUUCCUUUGAAUGUAAAGGGAAGGAGUUUUCCCCCUUUCCUUUUUGGGUAGGUUGGUGAGAGGGCAAACCUGACGGUAUCGUUACCAUGAAGGUGUUUUCAAUUGUUCUUAAGAAGAACAGCAGAUAAAAAUUUAAGGUCACUAUAACGGCUGUUAUCAUACACAGCUUUGCAAACUGAAGUUCAGCCCUAUCUCAGGGCUUCAAAGGACUCUGGUCAUGGAAAUUAAGCAGUGGCCGUUUGGUCUUUUCUAGGGUUAUAUCCUCUCAGAACAGGGUCUGGGAGAACGCUGAUGCCUGAUGGAGAGGAUAAUGGGUUGGCACUGGGAGUGAACCUGGGAGGGAGUGAACUUCUCCGGGCCUGGGUGUUUUUGCAGCCAGCUCAGUGCCUGCAUCAAGAAGCAUUCUACUUGUUUAGUGCAGGUGCAGAGGUGUAUUUUGACCCCACAUAUUUUGUGAAAGAGUCCCCCAAAUGGGAAGAAGAUUUUGCAUCAGAACAAAGGAAUUCACAGCUUGGUGGCAUUAACAGUUAUUUUAAGGGCUUAUCCAGCAGCCAUCAUUUUACUCUGGAAUUAAAGACCAGGGAGAGUGGGACUCCCUCUUCCAACCUCAGUCACGCAUUUCUCCCUGACCUCAGGGAGAACCAGAUACUGUCUCAGGGAACUAGGUUUGAAUGAUGGUUUACAGCGUUCGAGUCUCCAAUUAAAGUCAUUAAGAAAACCUGAAA